AUGUCUAUCGCUUCAAUCAAUUCCACCAGAGGUUAUUCUAACGGUUGGAGGAAACCAUGGAAUCUCACUAGUUGGAAUAUCAGACGCAACAAAUCAAGAGAUUAUCAGCUAGAUAAACCUGAACCUUGCAAAUUUGACAAUUCUGUGACUGAAAAUAUCAUUCUUGACAACAUCAAAUUGGUGCAGCAAUUGGCAUACAAACCGGCUGCUGAUAGAGAGGCAGGUAUCCCCUUCAAAACAUCGAGAAUCUUAGGCGCAAAUAUCACAAAACUAUCCGAUGAUCAAUUAUCCAGACUUUCCUAUUCCUGCUCAAGGGGAUCAUUUUAUGAACUAGCCCUUAUAGAUUUGAUUGGGGAUGAAGUUCUGCAUCGGUUAAAUAGAAUAUCUGCUUAUCACUUACUGCGAUUUUUACAGUCAUUAUCUAGUAUAUAUUUGUUCAAUAAGACCCAAUCCAAUUUGAUUGGACCUGAACUUUUGAAAAUAAUUACCAAUCAAUUACUUAAAGAUCUAAAAAACAUCAAUUGUGUCAAUUUGGCACAGUUAAUAUCCAUUCUAGAUGCUACUAAAUUAUUGGAUGAUCAAGUAGUUAAGAAGUUGAAUCUAUCGUUGCAUUUCAAACUCAAAUAUGCGUCAAACCCCGAAUAUUUCAUACAUCCAGUAAUCUCUCUAGCACUUUCUAGAAAGAUAUCGCUCCUUAAUGCAUCAUUGGCGCUUAAACAAUCACACAGAAUAACUAAUCAUCUACUAACAUACAGUGAUCGCAAUUUGAAUUCAAAUGGAUUAACUGAUGAUAUUGUAAAAGUAAAUAAUCACUUAUUACCUUUAAAAUUGCUUGAUUACAUUCUACGAUUUGAUUUACCUCAGCUAUAUGAAUCACUAGAGUCACCAGCUAAAUUAUUCUUAUCAUCAGUGCAAAGUAAACUCGUUAAGAUGGAUUACUCUUAUGGGGACCCAGGUUUUAUAACAUUUAAUCUGCGAAAGGCAAUUGUUAGAUCAAAUUACAACCUCAUAACGCAUAUACAGGGCCCAUAUAUGCUGGACUUGUGUGACCCAAUUGACAAAAUAAUCCUUGAAUGGGAUAAACCGUGGUUGAUUGGCAAUAAUAUUAACAAUUGGAAUACCCUCUUUUACUCUAAAUGGACGGAAACUAGAAGGCGUCAUUUGGAACGUUUGAACUAUCGCAUAUUACAAAUUCCUGUAACUGAUACCACAACUAUGUGUAAUGAAGGGUUGUCAAAAACAAUUGACAAACUGUUUCAAGAAAACAAAUAA